AUGCAUCAUAAAAUCUUGUCCCUAAAGCUGGUCCCGGCACCAGCAGCAGGGAAUUUCGGUGCCGCCAUCUGUGCCCCGAAGGACGCGGAAGCCAAGAGUUUGUACCGCGAGUACGGCUGGCCGAGCGCAUUUAGAAAGGAGGACUUUCUCCGGGCUGCCGUGCCAGUGCGCGCGGCCAUCAAGAAUGAUCAGAACGCUUGGUCAGACGAGGAUUGA